AUGGCCAGUUCAUCCCUGCCCUUGAGUCCUCCUCUGAUUGAUCCUCGCAUUCCUCACGACAGAAACCUUGGUUUCGCGCCUGAACCGACUACUAUUGUCUCCGCGUCUGCUCUCGUCACUCCUAGUCAACGCCAUUCACCGCUUCUGCUCCUUCUGGGUCUCGCAUUAUCGUCGCUGCCAUCGACGUCUGGCUCAUCAUACCUAGCCCCUGUUUCGGAUGAGAAGUUCAUCGCCGAGAGGACGCUAUGGCAUGCGCAAAUGCCGUACGCGCACUCUCACUGGUUUAUUCGCACAUUGGAUAGCUUGCGAUGA